GGCGCAAUGGGUUGCCUGUCAGGCCUCCCAGGCCACCAACCUGGAAGGGGAAAGCUGCCCGGGACUGGACCGGGCCGUCCGGAGGGUGAAGGCGGGUGAUUCGGUGAGGGGAUCAAAGGCGGCGAGCGCCCCCCUGGCGGCGGCGACUCCCCCUCCAUCGAUGUUCAACUAGGGGGAGGGUUCCCUCUCCGAACCAACGCAGUGUUUGUAAACACCCCCGGGCUCCUAACAACCCGCCAGCAAGCAAACAGCAACAUUCAGAUGCUGUCUGACCCGCUGAGUUACUCCAGCUUUUUAUGUCUCUCUUCAGCGUUCGGCACCCUCUCCAUGGAGAGUAUUGCUUAAAAAAACUCCAUGGCGUCCAAAGUCCAGUUGCUGUGUUGGGGCCAUGCCAAUUUGGGGCAGCUUGGUUUGGGCGAGGGACAUGAAAACAUAGUGGUCCACCCCAGGAUCUCCUCGUUCUUCAGCAGCAAAGCCGUGCGGGAGGUGGCCUGUGGACGAUACCACACGGCCUUUGUUCUGCAGGACGGAAGCGUCUACACAUGUGGCUCCAACAUCUGGGGACAGCUGGGCCACGACAAGUCCGGAUACAUCCCAGAACAGGUUACGGCGCUGGAUGCCCAGACGAUAAUCCACACCGCUUGUGGAGAGGCCCACACUGUGGCCAUCAAUGACCAGGGCCAGGUCUUCGCUUGGGGAGCGGGAAAAGAUGGCCAGCUCGGGAUUGAUUCCACUGAAGAGAUGGUCAGGAUACCGAGGUUGGUCCGGACACUGAGUGGAGACAUUGUCGUACAGGUCACCUGUGGAAGCUGGCACUGUCUGGCUCUUACCAAAGACAGUCGCCUGUUUUCCUGGGGCCAGAACUCCCAUGGACAGCUGGGUCUGGGGAAGGGUGUUCUCUCCCAGUCCAGCCCCCAGUGUGUGAACUCUCUCUCCGGAAUUCCUCUGGCUCAGAUCACCACGGGUGGAACGCACAGCUUCACUCUGUCGCUCUCGGGCGCUGUGUUUGCCUGGGGCAGGAACAACUGUGGUCAGCUUGGACUCAGCGACGACAAAGAUCGAGAUGUCCCCAAUCACGUGAAGUUCCUGAGGAGCCAGAAAAUAGUGUACAUUAGUUGUGGCGAAGAGCACACUGCUGCACUAACCAAGAGCGGAGGCGUGUUUACGUUCGGGGCUGGACUGUGCGGACAACUGGGCCACAACUUCAGAAACAAUGAGGUCAACCCCCGCAGGGUCCAGGAGCUGAUGGGAAGCGAAGUCUCCCAAAUAAGCUGCGGCAGGCAGCACACAGUUGCUUUUGUUCCUUCCUCUGGACUGGUCUAUGCUUUUGGACGUGGCAACAGAGGUCAGCUGGGGUCUGGACACAUGGUUAACGCUCAGGUCCCAUACAGAGUGGCUGGAAACUGGGUAACUCACAAGCACAAGGCACACCCCACUGACCAGUCGAGUUACCGCGUGCUGAAACAGGUCUCUUGCGGAGGCGAUCAGAGCUUUGCCCUCUUCUUCCAUCAAGAGAACUCGCAAGUCCCUGAUGACUUCCGCUGCAUGGAUCCUGUCAGGCGGGUCAGGAUCAUUAACAACAGCAAUAACAAGUGGCUGCUCAGCCUUUCAGGGAAGGAUGUGCUGAAUGAAUUGAACGUGAUCUUUUCUUCACCUGGGUGUUUAAAUGGCAGUUUUCUUAACCAUCAGAAUGAUGAGCAUUUCAAAACCAGUCCUCGGAACCCAGGCAUUGACUUGAAUGCAAUCCGAUUAUUUUUUGAGAACAUGGUGAAGUCACCAUAUUGCAAGUUACUCCAGCAGGUGUCUGUGACGGUGGAGAAUCGCCUCCUCUCCCAGUUGCCGACUUCGCCUCCUGACGUUGAGGCGAUGAGAGCCUUCUUGAUAUUACCAGCGUUUCCUCUUUUCCAAGAUUCCAAGAGUUAUUUGACCUUUGCACUUCCUUUUGCCGCUGCCAUUCUCCACCUGGACGUCAACCCAAGCAAAGUGUUGGAUAACUGGUGGUGUUGGGUGGGUGCGAGCUACUUUGGCCGAUUGGUGGAGCUCUAUAAACAUGCAGUUGUGUACCUGCUGACCAGAAUGAGAACCGUGCUGUUGGCUCCUGUCUUUAGCCAUUACAUCAAGGAUGCUCUUGAAGUUUUGGAAAAGCUGCACAAGGUGAAUACAAUCGCUAACCAUGUUGACUAUGAUAUGUUUUACAUCCAUGAACUCAACAACUUGGUCAACAUUGAAUCUGAUUAUCUUUACUGGGCGUCCCAACAUGCUGGAGUGAAACUACAACCAGCUAUUGCAGAGGUCCCUGUUGCUUUCUGCACCUACCCCUUUGUUUUGAACGCCCAGGCAAAAACAAAGAUGUUACAGACUGAUGCUUCCUUACAGAUGCAGGUAGCUGUGAACAGGACCAGUCUGGAGAAUAUCUUCAUGAUGCUCACUCUGGGGCCAUUCCUCACCACCAGUCCCUUCCUUGUCCUGCACGUUCAGCGGGCCAACCUCGUCAGCGAUACACUGAGAGAGCUCAGCAUUCAUUCAGACGUGGAUUUGAAAAAGCCUUUGAAGGUGGUGUUCCUGGGCGAGGAAGCGGUGGACGAUGGAGGGGUGACCAAGGAAUUCUUCCUGUUGCUCCUCAAGGAACUGUUGGAUCCCAAGUACGGCAUGUUCACCUACUACGAGCAGUCCAGACUCCUGUGGUUCUCGGAAAAAACGUUCGUGGAGUUAAACUGGUUCCACCUGAUCGGGAUCUUGUGCGGCUUGGCCAUUUACAAUUUCACAGUGGUGGACCUUCACUUCCCGCUGGUGCUGUACAAAAAACUGCUGGACUUCCCACCUUCCCUGGAGAACUUGAAAGAGCUCUCCCCCACAGAGGGCAGGAGCUUGCAAGAACUGUUGGAUUACCCUGGUGAUGAUGUUGAAGAUACCUUCUGCCUUACGUUUGCGAUUCUUCGAGAAAACUAUGGCGUGUCGGAGCUGCAGGAAUUGGUCCCUGGCGGUAAGAACCUAUCCGUGAAGAAGGAGAACAGGAAGGAAUUUGUUCAAGCCUACGUGAACUACAUCUUCAACACUUCCAUCCAGGAGCUCUUCGCGGCUUUCUCCAGCGGUUUCCUAAAGGUCUGCGGAGGGAAGGUACUUCAGCUCUUUCAGCCCAGUGAACUGAUGGCCAUGGUGGUUGGAAACACCAGCUACAACUGGAAGGAGCUGGAGAUGAGUACGAUAUACAAAGCUGAUUACCAUCCUGCACAUCCGACUAUUAAAAUGUUUUGGGAAGUUUUCCACGAGUUUCCAUUGGAAAAAAAGAAGCUUUUCUUGUUGUUCCUGACCGGCAGUGAUCGCAUUCCCAUUUACGGCAUGUCAAGCAUUCGGAUGACCAUACAGCCGACUGCUGGAGGGGACUGCUAUCUCCCAGUGGCUCACACCUGCUACAACCUUCUCGAUCUCCCCAAGUACCAGACUAAAGCAAAACUCUGCACCAAACUCACCCAGGCUAUAGACCACCAUGAAGGGUUUAGCUUGGUAUGAGACGAACUCUUUUAUUUUCCUUUUCAGUACAAGGGUAUAUAUCGAUCCAAUAAGCACUUUAUUAUUAUCAAAGACUAUUUUACAAAGUUCAGUCUCGUCCCUUCCUGUUUUAAAAGAUUCUUUUUAUAAUGUCAUCAUUUGGCAGUAAGCCCAAACCAUCAGGUCCAUUUUAAACACAUCUUUUUCCAAUGCUGUGGGAUAUAUUUCAGCAUUAAGUUCGUUCGUCUGGAUUGAUAUCAGUCUUAUGAAUGAGGAGAAUUGAUUACAGAUUUGGCUUGGCAGUCUCUGCAGGUUUUAAUGACGCUCCCUUGACUCACUGGAAUCUCUAUGGCAACACAACCAAAGAAUAGCCUGGAAUGUGGAUGUCACUUGCUUGCUUGUAAUGGGCUCUCAAUCCUUGUUACAAAUCAUGAGUGUAAUUGGUUUGGGCCGCAAUAUAGGCGCCCAGGGCCCCUGCCUGAAAAUCAGCGCUGAUUAGGACCUUUGUGAAUGGAUUUAAAUGCAUGUUUGAGGUCCUCGCUCAUCAAUAUUGGGUUUUCUUGGGGAGGGGAGGGACCGAGGCUACUGCGAGCUAUCAUACAGGCCACGCGAACACCUGUCAACAGCUUCCCAUAAGGGUGGCAUCGUGGCUCAGCGGUAUAGUGGCUGCCUCGCAGCACCAGACACACGGGUUCGAUCCUGAACUCUGGUGCUGUCGAUGCGGAGUUUGUACAUUCCCAACUUGACUGCGUGACUCGGGUGCUCCAGUUUCCUCCCACGCUCCAAGGAUGUGCAGGUUUGCAGGUUAAUUGGCUUUGGUAAAAAUUAUAAAUUGUCCCUAGUGUGGAGGAUAGUGCGAGUGUACGGGGUGAUCGCUGGUCGACGUGGACUCGGUGGGCCUGUUUCCGCGCUGUUUCUCUAAAGUCUAAAGCUUGGUUAAAGAGAGGCUUGUCUCUUGGCUUAACUGGAGAUGGAGGAAGAGUGAUCUGCUCUCAAUCCCUCGUCUACAGUCCCACUGACCCCUCCCCAUCGCCAACAUUCACCUUCGCAUCCCUGAGCUCAACCUCCCCACCCCAUUGUCGACAUUCGGCUUCUGCCUGGAGUGCCUCAAGUGAGCACGGCUCCCUGGAACCUGAUCCUUGCCCCGAUAUUGAGACAACCUUUGUGUCACCAGCUUAGUUUGAAGGAAUAUAAUGCAAUGCAGCACAGGAACAGCCCCUUUGGCACAGUGUUUGUGCCAAACCCGAUGCCUAGCUGAAUUGAUCUCAUCUACCCAGGACAUGAUCCAUAAUCCUCUAUUCCCUAUCUAAAUGCCACGAUCGUAUCUGUCUCCACCACCACCACCCCUGCAGUGCGUUCCAGGCCCCCAUCACUCUAUGUAAUAAAUAAAACUUGACCCGUGCACUCCAUUAAAGUUCCUCCUCGCCUCAUAGCUGUGGUAUUGUGGAGGUAUGGUGGGCUAACCAUUGGGUGCUUGCUGCUUUCAUUGUAGAUGCACACAAUCUGAAAUUGGGCGUUGGUGGUUUUGGAGUUGGUUGUCGUGCAUGCACAGCCUCUCACCUCUGUACCUGUCCCAGUCCCAGGGCACAGAGCAAUAAAGAAGAGAGGCAGGUCUCUGCUCCCCAUCAGUUAUAGGAACAAAAUUAGGCCAAUCGGCGUAUUGAGUCUACUUCGUCAUUCAAUCGUGGCUGAUCGAUCUUUACCUCCCAAUCCCAUUCUCCUGCCUUCUCGCCAUAACCCUUGACACCCUCACUAAUCAAAAAUCUGACAACCUCCACCUUGUACCCAAUGUCUCCCCAUGAACCUUUGACACCCUUCCCAGUCAAGAAACUAUCAAUCUUUGCUUUAAAGAUACUCAAUGUCUUGGCCCCCACGGCCGUCUGUGGCAAUGAAUUCCACAGAUUCACCACCGUCUGGCUAAAAAUAUUCCUCCUCGUCCCGUGUAAAGAUAUGUCCUUUUAUCCAGAGGCAAUGCUGUUUAGUGCCAGACUCUCCCACUAAUGGAAGCAUCCUCUCCACAUCCACUCUAUCCAAGCCUUUCACUAUUCAGUAAGUUUCAAAGGUUCCCUCCCCCUCCCCGGCCCAGUGCCAUCAAACGCUCAUCGUACGUUGACCAGGCAGACAAAAAUGCUGGAGAAACUCAGCGGGUGAGGCAGCAUCUAUGGAGCGAAGGAAUAGGUGAUGUUUCAGGUCGAGACCCUUCUUCAGACCAUCUACCCAACUACGUUAACCAGCGAUCACUUCCAUGCCCCACACUGCACAUCAAGGGAUUAUUAGCCAUUGCAUUUAGAGUGCAGUCUUCAGCUAAGCGUGUGGAAUAAUUAAUUGUAAAGGGAAUAUACCUGUAUGUGAUCUGGCCAUUAUAAGCUGCCUUUACUGUGUUCAUGGUGUAACAGAUGCUUAAUUGCUGCGCACCACCCGACUGCUACAUUAAGAGCAUGUGGGGAACUCUUUAUCCUGUUAUAAAAUGAGAUGGCAUCUGACUACGAUCUCACUGAAUGCUUUGCAAAGUUUGGUCAGUAUGGGUUGCAGAUCUUCUGGCUUGCGAGGACCUGGUCAUAAAUGUCACCUUUCUCCAAACCUAACGGCCAGAAUGGUUAGCGUUCUUUUCCACUUUCUCUGAUUUUUCACAAGAUAAAGCUAAUGAUUUAGAUCUGGCUAUCUAUGGAUCCUUUUCUUGUUUUAAUGCCGCUGGACUUUUUAAAAAGAUAAAUAAAGCCAAAUGGUUGGUU